AUGGUCCAGGAGCUCGUGCAGCCGUCGACGGAGCUCUGGACGCUUCGCAACUCGGUAGCGCUGGUAGCAUCGGGCUUGCUCCGCCUCUCGCCGGUGCCGACGUGGGUUGCCACCACGCUUGCGGCGCCUGUCGUCCCGACGCUCGUGGUCGACGCGGCACUUGUCUCGGCGCUCGCUGUGGGCCUCACGGACGCCACCAACAAGGCCGUCAAACACAUAGCGAUGCGCGUCGUCAAGCGCCUGACCAAAAUCGCCGCGAAGCAGCCCAAAAUCAACAUCAAGCUCGGUACCAAGCGUGCGCUCUUGUACACCCUCGCGGAGUACCUCGCAAGCGCCGAGCAAGGCAAGCUCCUCGUCGAGUACGCCCGCCGUGUUCCCUCCAAUCUCAUGCUCAAGCUCAACGAAGACGACUGUGACGACGAAGGCGCCAAGUAG